UUUUGAUGUUGAAAAAGCAAAAAGUAACGUUCACAGAAACUUGGUGAAAUUCAAUUUAACAUAGUACUAAAAGUAUAAUGAAAUUAGUAUCCCAGAUUUUUAUUCUUACUUACCAAGACAUUUUGUUGAAAUUUGCACUUAUUUCCUGCAAGAAUCUUAGUGAUGUGUGGCAAUAUAUAACUAUAUGAAUAAUUAUUUUCAUUCCUGAAGAUACUUAAAACUUCACACAUGGUAAAGAUUAACAAAUGAAUAUUUAUCAUAUAUGUUGAAAACUUCUCACAAAAACAUAAUCCCAAUAUUGAUAAAAUAGUUUCUUACUAAAAAUUCCUAGUUUAUUAGCAAAUAAGAUUAAAUUGAUUUUAAAUCUUUUUGUAGUGAUAUGCUUUGUAAUGAUUUUGCAUCUGUUCAAAAUUGUUUAUGUGUAUUGUGUGUGUUUAUAUAUGUGCGUAAUAGACAAAUAUACAUUUAGAUUGAAAACCAAUUGUCAAAUUCAUGAAAAUGUUUCUUUUUUUCUAUAUUAGUUAUAUCUGGUACCUAUUUGAUUUUAACAUGCUGAUGUACUAAUAACAAAAUAGAUGAACACAUACUUUUCUAACUCAAUAAAUGACCCACAGGGAUCCUUUUUUAUUUUCUAAUUAGUGGCUCCUGUUUCUAUUUGAGUUUACCAUCGCUAUUCUAAAGGGAUAUAAAACAUUUAGCGGAGGGGAAUUAAUUGUGGUGUAACCUGAUCUGGAUUGGUUCAGUCCUUAAGAGUCCUGAACUCUAGAGUGUUUAAUGGGAAAAAAGACAUCUGAUAUCUUGGAGAUUACUUCAGCUUUGAUACUAUAAUGAUAAUUUUGAUGUCCCUACUCAAUUUAAUCACUGUUUACUCAGUUUAUGAUGAUUUUUAUGGGGAUCAUUGGAGUUGAGAUUGAAGAGUAUAUUUUUUUAGAUUAAGAAUGUUAAGAUCAAAUAAUCUUAUGUAUUAGUGAUAUUGAUGUCAUUAAUAUCUAUUAUGUUUUAGUGAUAUACUUGUAGAUUGUAGGAUAGAAACGUUGGAAUUUAAGCAGGUAAUCUUUGGUGCUGUCUGAAAAAACAUCAGGCAGUCUCCAAAUCAAGUAAAGAUAUUUAUUGAGAUUUGUUUAGAAUCACAUGCUGAGAGCAGGCUGUAUUCCUUUAAGGAAUUAACAGCCUAACAAAGCAACACAAAGAUACUUAUGGAAUCUGAUUACAUCACAAGGUAUGUAGAUUUUGGCAUAACACAAAGUGUGGAAUACCAAUGACAGACUAGCUGCACUGGCUCUUACAAAGACCAUGAAAGUGAGAGAAGAAAGAGAGACACUGCUGGAAUCCAACAUAGAAAAUUCUCUUCUAUGGAUACGAAGGUACUGAGCAUUGGUAAUCUCAGUGGAACGUCAGAAUUGCUGAUAAAAGUUAAGACCAUACUCUUUAUCAGCUUCAGAAUUGAGUGAAUCUACCAGCUGUUGAAUGCAGAGAGGAACCUCGACAUCUUAAAAUUAGAUUACUGACAUUAAAAAACUGCCAAAAAAAAAACCUGAUGUGGACUAUACUGAUACAUCUUCAGGGGAGCAAUGGACUGGAAUACCAAACCAGAAGAUAAUGCUGCUGUUCCAUCUUAUUUAGAAAGUCAAUCAAGUUUUCUAAGAAAAGCCUUAAGUCCACAUACCUUAACACCUCAGAAUUCUUGUAAUUAUUCUAGAAAUAAUCAGGAGGUGUUUGUUUGCCCUAGCAGUAAAAAUGCCACUUUACAAUCGCUGCAGUAUCAAAAUAUUGAAAGUUCUAAAAAUCCUCAGCAAGUCUCUCACCCAGAUAUGUCUAGUAGGAUAGUUGUCAUCCCGGAAACUUCCACUGAAAAAAUUCCUUUUUCACAGUUGAAAGUAGGACCAAAUCAACCAGAUCAAAAUUCACAUAGAUCACUUGGAACUCCAAGAAACUCUUGGUUAAGUUCUUCAGUGAGUGAUUCUAUCUUUUUUAGCAGAGGAUUAUCUGGUGCAUCUCAAACUAGUGUUGGCGGCAGUGUACAUAAUGCACUUAAAUCUCAGGAUCAGUAUGUCUCAUCAAAUACUUAUACUAUGCAGCUACAAAUGGUAUCCAAUCCUUCAAAAGUUCCUACGUUGUAUCCAGGAAAUCAAGGAUCUAAUUUAUAUUCAGCAGAACAGCAAGUUGGGUGGGUACCACCCUGUACAUCCAGUGGACUAACUGUGCCUUUUCAACAACCAAGUCAGUAUCUUGAUUCACAAAGAGGUGUAGUAACUAGUUUAUCUAAUACAAACAUUCAAAAGCAAUCUGCUGUUUCAGCUACACCAUUACAGAUUACAAAUAAUCAGCUGUUAAACCCUAGUGUAGCUGUUGCAGCACCUUUGCCACCAUAUCCAAUUGUACAGUCACGUCAGUAUGCAGCUAUUAGUACAGUUACUGAGACCAAUAAUAGAAAUCUUCCUAAUUAUUAUUGUAGAUUAAUCCCACCAUUUCAAAAAAAUAGUCAGUAUUUAGCUCAAAAUACAUCUAAUGAAGUUUUACAUGCUCAACAAAUACAUCUUUCUGAAACAAAAAGAGGUUUUGGAAGAGAUUGUCAACAACAGUGGCAGAAUACUAGUGAAAAUGGACAUCAGAAACUGAAUGUUGAAACAAACUAUCCCUUUAAUGAACCAGGCAAUUCUUUUGCAAUUGGUGGAAUUCCUCACUAUAAAAAUACACAAAUAAGGACAAAUCUUUGUGAUGCAUCUUCUGAAUUACUGAGCAGAAUGCCAGGACCAAGCAGCCAGAUAAAUAGUCAUUCUCUUGGAGAAUGUAGUGGUUUUCUAGGGGAUAGUAGUGGUUCUCUCAGGGAAAGUAGUAAUUCUUUUGUAAAAGAUAGUGGUUCUCAUAGAGAAAGUAGUCAUUCCAUUAAUUCAGAAAUUGAUAUUUCAAAAGAAGGUCAUUCCAGGAUAACAAAAGAAGGGUUAUUUAGGGAUAUUAAAAAAUUAUUGGCAAUGAAAAAUGAAUUUUUGAAAUUAGCAAAAGAAAUUAAAAUUAAAAAAUCCUUUCUUUCUGAAAGUCAAGAUAAAACACUUAAUUCUUCCUUGCCACAAAAUCCUGCUAUCUCUCUGCAACUUCCUUCUCAGAAUCAGCCUUUUCCACAGUUGAUGUCAAUUAAUUCAGAGCACCAACUAAUGAAAGUAGAUACAGAAGAUACAAAUAAAGCUAAAAACACAUUGAACACUAAUAUUAAAGAAAUAGAUUGCAGCAGACAGAUUAAUCAAGGCAGUUCAGUUUUGCCAAAUUCUGCCUCUUCUGGAAAAUUGCAAACAAAGCACAUAAAUACUCUUUUGCAGGAAACCUCCCCAGUGUGUCAAAAAAUCAUACCACCUAUUAAUCCUGCACACGCAUUAUCAAAUCAGACUUCCUUAGAUUUUAAUAAAGGUGAUAGAUUUGACACACCACAACAAUUAUGCAAUGAUACAAUUAAUACUUCUCUUAACCCACAAAGACAAAAGGCUUUGAAAAAUAAAGAAGACAAUUAUAAGCUUCUUUCCCAGCUCCUAAAAAGCAAUGAUACAACUUUAGAUUUUACCCCUGAAAUAAUGAAUCAGGAAACAUCAGCAAAAAGUGUGAGUAAAAAUAUGCAGGACUGCAAUAAAUCUAUUCAUUCUGAAGUAAAACAAAAAAUGGAAGUCAUUAGUACUCAAUCACAGCCCCAAAGUACAGGAAUUCCAAUAACUGCUGUUAAAAGUACAGAUAGUUUAGAUAAUUCUGUUAAACUGAAAGAUAUGACUUCAUUUUCGCUUAAUGGAAAAUCUUGUGCAAAGGAUAAUAAUUAUUCCAUGGAAGAACUAACAGCAUGUCUUGCAUUAUGGAAAAAAACCCCAUCAGAAUCCACCAACUUGCAGGAAAAUGACAAAUUAGGAAAAAACAAAGUACCAGAUAGAAUGGCAUCUCCUACAGUUAAAAGAAACACAAAUGAAACAGUUUUGCCCUCUUUAAGUGUUCCUAUUGUACACAAACAUGAAUCUGGAAAUUUAAAUUUAACAAAGGGAAUUGAACUUCAAAUUGCUGUUGUUUCUCCUUUAAUCCUUUCAGAGGUAAAACCAUCAGAUGACCAAUCAAUAAAACCUACUAAGUCUUCAUUAGAAUCAGUGUUCCCAGUUAUUCAAGAAGGUAGUGUGUGUAGUUUGCAAGACCAAAUUAAAGAAGAAGCAGUUGCUUCAUCAGAUGUUAAUGUUGUUAAAAGGACAGCAGAAGUUUAUGUUGCAUCAAAUAAUUUUGCACUGAUGAAUAAGUUUGAUUCCAAAUUACAAGACAUAAAAUCAGAUGAUGGAAUAGUACAUUCAAACAUAAAUUUGAAUUUUUCAUCUGAAACAUUGAAAAAAAACCUAGGCAAGUCAGAACUACACCCAUCACAUUUAGAAAAGGAUAUCUGUUCUCCUAACAGUGCAGACAAUUCAGGGCAAGUUAAAGAACAAAAAAAGGACCAGCACAUCUCAGUGCAGUUGGUGAAUGAUAUUCCAGUAAGUGAUGAUAUACUACAAAUUGCCAGUGUCUGCUCUCUUGUUGAAGGUGAUACAUUUUAUAAUUCCCAAAUAGCCAAUAUGUUCAACUCUGUCCCUUCAACACAGGUUGACAAAAAAGAGAUUUCUUUACCGGGCAAUACUGUGAUUGAUAAUAAACAACUUAAAGAGCAAUUAAAUCAGACAAAGUUUGAAUCUGUGAGUAAUCUUAAAGGGCAAAAUUUGCUGAAAAUUACUGACGUCCUACCUAAAACAUCUGAUGGGACAAAAUCGUUGGAAACUUCAAAAUCGUUAAAGCAUUGUGAAACAAAUGGCAAAAUUGUAAAGCAAAAAAAGCACGUGGAAAAGAAUAUUGAGAAGAAAGAAAUUGUUAGUAAUAAAUGUUGCUCAUCGACCAAUGAUCAACUCGAUCUUAACUCUAAAGAAAUUGUUGAUAUAUCUAGUGCUCAUCACACCAAAGAGUUUCUGUCUUGUAUGGUCCAAAAUAUUGAACAAGCAAAACAUGAGAGUUUUCUUGAUCAGGCAACAUCUGUGAAAUAUCUAGAUGACCAGUUGUCUGAACUUGUAGAAGAAUUUCCUUAUGGUAUUGAACGUACAGACACACACAAUAUUAUACCAGCAGAAAAUAAGAAUUCAUCACAGCAGUUAAACGUGGAUCUAGUAACUAAAGAUAAAGAAACCAGCCUCAAAACUAACUGUGACUCUGAAGAUCCAGUAAACCAAAUUAAAAUUACAAUACUGAACUCGGAGCGCAUGAAAGAAUUGUUCCCUAAAGAGAGUAAAAAAAUCUGUAAAGGACUUGAUAACUUGGACAAAUUGGAACAUUCUCAGAAAAAAGAAUCAAUGAACAAUGCCCAGAAUACUGGUGGUUCAUGUGUGAAUACUACAAAGGAUGAUGGCAAUCAGGAUUCCACAAAAACCUCAACAGGAAAAGAUGAUGUUCAUUGCUGUGCAUUAGGUUGGCUAUCUACAGUUUAUGAUGGAGUUCCCCAAUGUCUGUGUGAUUCUAGAAAAGACUUCACAACAGAAGAGAAGCUUGAUAGCCAGAGUUCACUUUCAGAAAGCUUGAGUUGUAAAGGAGACCCAGUUACUGAUGGGAACAUUCUUGCUCCAAAAAUUAAUAGUCCAUUGAAGAAUAACUUGCAGAAUUCUCUGGCAUGUCCUGAAGGGGAAAAAAGUUUGUUUGAAAUGGAACAAAAGGAAAUAAAAUGUUCUCAAAAGGCCAUGGAGAAAGAAAAACCUAGUUUUUCUUCAAGGAAGAAAAUGGUAAAAUAUAAUGAAAGAGAUUCUCAGGAAAAUCCACAGAAGUUACUUAAGGCAAGAAACUUAAUCCCUUUACAUGGGGAAAAGAAGAAAUCACAUUUUUGGUCAAUUAAAAACAAAGAAUUUCUUAAGAAAGAAUGCUCUUCUAGAGAUUUAGUAUCAACAGAAAAGUUUAAUUUAAAGUUUAAAUCAGGUUGCUCAAAAUUUAAAAAUCCAAAGUGGAAGUUGGAAUAUCCUGAUAUGGAGCAGAAAAAGAAAAAACAUGAGCUAGAACAGAAAACAUGUGUAGUAAAUGGGUCUAAGUUGUGUGAGUCUCUUUCAAGCACAAAUGAAGAAAAAGUGUCUACAGAUGCAGAGUCCACAAACUUGGAAAGAAAUAUCCACCAGAGUAUAAUGAAUACUUCAAAUGUGAAUUUGACCUCUUCAAAGUCUGAUAGUAGUCCAUGUAAAAUUAUUAAAGUUCUAUCUUCUCAUGAUUAUUUUCAGAGACAAAAGCAAAAAGAAAAGAUUGUUAAAGGAGACUUAAAGCAAAGGCAUGACAGUGAAAAAUUAAAAAAAAAUAGGCCACAUGUUUCUGAAUGUGUAUGGCACAACAAACUCACUAUAAAACUGGUUAACUGUGCAAAAUCAAAUGAGGGACACGGUGUACGGAAAUAUAAAAGAUCAUUAGACAAUUUAGCACACCAUAAUAAAGCCACUAAGUCUCACAGAAACAAGAUUCAUCAUUCAAAAGAGUUCAGAAAAUGUAACAUUGCAAGGAAUGUGCAAGAAAAAGCUGGUGAAAAACAGCUUGAUGAUGUAGUUAUUUUAAGCAGAAAAGUUAACAAAUAUAACCAAAAUCCUCUCCAAGGAAAGGAUCAAAAGGAACAAAAGAAAAUGUAUUUGAACAGAGUUGCCUUUAAACGCACUGCACAAGAAAGUAUUUGCCUAACAAAAUUAGAUUGUUCACCCAGGAGUUCUGUAAAUCAAAUUAAGUAUGACAAUGAUGAUAGCAAAUCCAACCAAAAUUCAUUUUCACAUGAGAAGGAUAAAUGUGAAAAACCAAAAAUGCUAGAAUUUAAAUUAUGUCCAGAAGAACUAUUUAAGAAUGGAAAGAAUGAAGAACAUCCAGACUUAAAGUCUUUUCCUAGAAAGGAGCAAGUUCCUGUACAAGGCAUAAAAAGUACAAAAGAAGAUUGGUUAAAAUGUAUUCCUCAGAAGAAAAGGAAAAUAGAAGCAGUCAAAGAUGAAGAUGACAAUGCUCUAUCUAAUUCAAGAGUGUACAAGAGAACAUUGAGUGUGGAUGGAUGCAAGGCUGUUCAGGACCCACCAAAAGAUUCAAAAACAAUGUUUCAGACCUACAAGAAAUUAUAUUUGGAGAAAAGAAGUAGAAGCCUAGAUGAGAGUUGUUCUACAAAGUAAUUAAUUUUUUGUUAGAUAAAGUUUAGGAGGCAGUGUGUGGUACUAAAAAUGUCCAAAUACUGUUUCUUAAAAGGUUAUUUGAUUUCUAUUCUUUUUCCUUUUACAAAUUCAAUCCUAUAGCUGGCAGUGGAUUCACUAUUGCAAUUAUGAAGGCUUUCUAGUCAUAAAAUUUAUUUCUGACUUAACUAGCAUCAUUUAAAAACAUCUUGUUUGUAAUGGGGAGAAAAUUUAAUAUUUCUUUGCUUAGAAAAACAUCAAAUAGGUUGAUGCAAAGAAACCAGAUUGUACUUAACAGGUAAACCAUAAAGUAUUUUAGCUGCUGCAUUGUUGAACCAGGUAGACAUAAUUACAAAGUAAUUGUUUUGUUUAAUUUUUUUCUUAUUUUUGUAUUUCAAAUGCUGACUAGAACUGUUAAAAACUCAUCCAUAAAUUUGAGGAAAAGCUGUUCCUCAACAACUACGUGUACACUUUAAUUAGAAUUGUAAAUACAUUCUUAUGUUUAUAAGCUAUAUUAGCAGAUCUUAACCAAUUGUGAAUUUUGAAAUAUAUUCUUGAGUAUUUUGUUAAAAGUGCCAUUUUGUACUGUUAAAUUUUGUACUGAAUUGUAAACUUUCCUCCAAAGUCUUGGUUGUUUUUUUUUUAAAUUACAUCAAAAACAAUUUGGGUGUUAAAUAUUGGAUGUUUAAAACAUUACUUUUCAUACUUGAAAUAAACAUGUAUUUUAAAAAAA